UUAAGUUUGGGUUUUAUACUAUCUGGUGUGUUUGUCUUGGUUUCGGAACUAGAAGAAUAUGAUGAUGAUGGUGAUGAUAUCGAUGAUGAUGUAGAUGAACAUGAUCCUAAUUGGUCAAUUGGAUCUAUGGAGUUUACAUUCGAAGAUGUGUUCUCUUUCCCAGAUACUACCCCUACCUUCCAGACACAAUAUGUGUUUGAUUCUCAAGGUUGCUUUUCUCCAUAG